AUGGGAGAAGAAAACCAAAGCUCUGUGACUGAAUUUGUCUUCCUGGGCCUUUCUCAGGACCCACAGACACAAGUCCUGCUCUUCUGCCUCUUUCUCAUCAUCUACCUGCUGACUUUGCUGGGAAACCUGCUCAUCAUCAUGCUCAUUCACACAGACCCCAGACUCCACACACCCAUGUACUUCUUCCUUAGAAACUUGUCCUUUGCUGACCUCUGUUUUUCAACUACCACAGUCCCCCAGGUGCUGGUCCAUUUCCUGGUAAAGAGGAAAGCUAUCUCCUUUGUUGGGUGCUCCACACAGAUUGUUGUUUUACUUCUGGUUGGGUGUACAGAGUGUGCACUGCUGGCAGUGAUGUCCUAUGACCGCUACGUGGCUGUCUGCAAGCCCCUGCACUACUCCACCAUCAUGACCCACUGGGUGUGCGUCCAGCUGGCCUUAGGGUCCUGGGCCAGCGGGGCAUUUGUAUCUCUAGUGGACACCACAUUCACACUGCGCCUGCCCUACCGAGGCAACAAUGUCAUUAACCAUUUCUUUUGUGAGCCUCCUGCCCUGCUGAAGCUGGCUUCUGCAGACACUUACAGCACAGAAAUGACCAUCUUUGCCAUGGGUGUGGUCAUCCUCCUAGCUCCUGUCUCCCUGAUCCUUGUCUCCUACUGGAAUAUAAUCUCCACUGUGAUGCAGAUGCAGUCAGGGGAAGGGAGACUCAAGGUGUUCUCUACCUGUGGCUCCCAUCUUGUUGUGGUGGUCCUGUUCUAUGGCUCAGCAAUCUUUGCCUACAUGAGGCCCAACUCCAAGAUAAUGAGUGAAAAGGAUAAAAUGAUCUCUGUGUUCUACUCAGCUGUCACACCCAUGCUAAACCCCAUCAUUUAUAGUCUGAGGAACAAGGAUGUCAAAGGGGCUCUCAGAAGAAUAACUAGAAAAUAA